AUGUAAGAGUUAAAGUCGGAAACUCACUUUUUAUGCGCACAAUAUAACAAACACGCCUUCACUUGCAAAUCUGUGGAGGCAAAGAACAAAGGGAUGGAGAAAGAAGGCAAGUCUCAUGUGAAAAGAGGAUUGUGGAAACCUGAAGAAGACAUGAUAUUGAAAAGCUAUAUCGAGACUCAUGGUGAAGGAAACUGGGCAGAUAUCUCUCGUAGAUCCGGAUUGAAGAGAGGAGGGAAAAGCUGUAGGUUGAGAUGGAAGAAUUAUCUAAGACCAAAUAUCAAAAGAGGAGGCAUGUCACCUCAAGAACAAGACCUCAUCAUUCGCAUGCAUAAACUUCUGGGAAACAGAUGGUCGUUGAUCGCUGGUCGCCUUCCAGGUCGCACUGAUAACGAAGUCAAAAACUACUGGAAUACCCAUUUGAACAAGAAAUCCAGUUCCAGGAAACAGAAUGCACCUGAAUCAGUCGAAGCCACUCCUUUCAUUGAUAAGCCAGUUAUGUCUACAGAAGAAGUGAGAAGAAGCCAUGGAGAAGGAGGAGAAGGAGAAGAGGAAGUGGACACUACCUGGAUGAACCGCAUAGGAUCUCCCUUGCCUCUCAUUACUCACUACCCAGACACUCUUGUGUUUGACCCAUGUUUUGCCUUCACUGAUUUCUUUCCUCUGCUUUAGGACGGACUUCCCUUGAUUUAUAUCUCGAGGGAUGAAUUCUUGCAUAGACUUUGCGAAUCAUAUUUGCUUUUAGUUAUACAAUUAACAUUGAGGGAGGGACGUAGUCUACGCAAGAAUUAACCAUGAGUUGUAAUAAGCCC